AUGCGAGCGCCCGAGGUACAGGAUGUGUACCAGUAUAUCGUCCUGUUUGCAGCGCAGGACGUGGAUUCCAUCGAGACCUGGCAGAAGAGUCAGGCAAAAGAAAGCACGAUGGGCGACAAAACCUAUAUCAAGCUGGCCGACAUGACCAGCAAGCAUGAGGGCAUUAGAAUGGAGGAGUCAAAGACAGAUGGAGAUACGGAUUGGCUGAAUGUCGCUAUAUCCACGUUCGUUGGAAUUGGCCUGGGUCUGGUUCCUUACGUUGGACCCUUUUUGGCAUUGGGAUUUGACGCCGUCAAUGAUUACCUCGCUAACCCGGAGGCGUGGGCGGCAAAGAACAACUUGAAGCUCAGCGCACAGACUACGGCGGAGCUGGUCAAGUCCGGCGCGGACAUCUUGAAGUUCUACAGGAGUGGUAAGGUGCCGCAAAUCAGGUUCAAGUCACACCUGAAGGCGGACGCUCGUCAACCUGUCUACGUUGGCGAAGACCCCAGCGGCACCAGCGAGUCUCAGCCUUCUACUCAAAGCUCCAACGCACCGAAGGAGGCACGGGUCCCGCCGAAUUAA